UUGAAAAUGGACUCCUACACUGACGAUCCCUGAGUAUUCUUAAGUUUUUAUCUAUCUGUUAUAAAUUACGUAUCAAAAAAUGAAUAAUUUAUCAAGGUCUCAACACUUGAAAUUCUAUCUAAAACUAAAACAGCAAGAAUGCAUCAUUGAAAAAUUCAUCGAAGCUUUUAUGGUGAACUCCAAAGUUGAUACUGAGGUUUGGCACGGUAUUAAGCAAGACAUUGACAAGUUUGAGAAUGAAAGACAAAACAUAGUUCUUUCACUCAAGUCAAAGGUGACCGACAUCUACGUGGAAUUAAAAUCAGUUAGAUCCAUGAUCAAUGCAGAAAACGUCAGGAAAAUUGACCUCCCGGUUUUCAAGAUUAAACUACAGUCGCUAUGGAAAAACAUCGAAGAAUUCAAAAACCUACAGGACACGAUAAACACUUUGGCCGAAGAACAGAAGAGUAUCAACGACGACUUGAGCACACUGACGAGGGUGAUUCGUAAGCACAAAAAUUUUGCCUCCACCGAUCACUUCCUGUGUAAAGCCACGAGUUCGAAUCGGCAAUCGCAAAAAGAUGAUUCGGCAAAGGAGUGCGAUUACGACGAAGCGGAAGAUUUUUGCACUUUAUUGGCCAAAACUGGGCACACCGGCAGCUGGAGCGAAGAGGACCACCUGCUCUUCGUGAACCUUCGCAAGCGUCACCACAGCGUUGCCUCCCUGGUCGUCGCCAUCCAGGCCAAGUGUCCAGACCUGACAAAAGAGAGCAUCGUGAACCACGAGGCCUGGUACAAGACCUACCUGGACCUCCGAGAAAAGCAAAAACUCGCCGUUCAGGAGUGGCGCGAUCGCAAGCAGUCCGAACGUCAGGCCAAACUCGCUGCCAAGGCGGAAGAACCUACACCGUCGAUUUGCAAAAUAGCGGAGCACAAAAAGGUGGAGAUCGAGAGGAAGAAAGAGCUGGUGAGACGCUGGAAGGAGCAGAGGGAAAAACAGCGAGUUGCCGAGGAGGAGAGACUCAAGAGUCAGUUGAGGGCCAGGAGGGAGAUGAGGGAGAACCAGAGGAGGGCCAGGGCGGAGAGAUUGAAGCACCUCGUGGAGGAGUACAAGAGGAAGAAGGCUGUCCAAGAGGAGGGAGUGGCAAGCGGAGAUGAGAGGGAACAGGCUAUGGUCAAUGCUCUCAACCUGCGGUUUUACAGAGCCAGGGACCAGGAGUUCGUGGAGAAGAGGAGGUCCGCUCUGUCGUCGAAGAAGACCGAGCCCAAGCCAGUUGUUGACAGCCAUUUCAACAGAGUUAGAGAGUACUCCGAGUCGACUUUGCUGAAAGAAACUAAAGCUUGGCAGGAAAAGCUCAAGAGAAGCGAAUCACAAGCUUUUCAGACCGUGUCUUAUAUCAAAGAUUUGCCAACAAGGACUUUGGUCAGCUGGAAGAGCUACGAGAUUCCCGGCGCGUUCACUUCGCGGCAACGAUAGCUCACGUAUUUUGUACAAUUGUUUUAGUAUAUUAUAUAAUAACGUGUACAUAUCGCUUAGUCUAUAUGAUCGUAGAGAAUAGAUUUUAUAUCAUGAAGGAAUGUGGGGCGGAUAGUGGAGCGUACACCAAGAAAUCAACGCUUUGAUAUAUGCUUAUGUUUAUUUUUUUCUUUAUGAACGUACCUUUUUCUUUCAGACGAUGUACAUAAUAAGUUAUGAGUAAACGAGCGUUAAGUCUUAUCCAGAACUGCCGUUUUGCCUUCACUUCGCCAUCAUACUCUUUUUUUUUCUAUUUAAAACUUUACAACGAUUUCAUGUUUUCUGAGGUUUAGACUACACACAAAAACUUAUUGCGUUAUGGAUAACAUUAACACUGGACAGCUUUACUCAAAUUUAUAUAUAUAUAUUUAUAUGCUUAUAUACAUAUAUAUAUAUACACACAUAUAUAUGUAUAUAUAUGUAUAUAUGUAUAUAUAUAUAUAUAUAUUUAUAUAUAAUAUACUUUCUAUGAACCUGCUCGUUAAUUGAUAUUCUUUCGUUAGAUUACCAAAUACAAAAACAUAGUUGAUGCGUUAUGUGAUAAUGUUAUAAUACAAGCGAGCCUCCUUAUUGCGUCGAAUAGGGUGCUACAUAUAAGUUUCAUUUAUUAUUUUGCAUCCGGGACCUUACUCGACACGAUACAUCGACCACCUCAUGGAAAUACUUAUGUACGAAUAGAGCCCUUAACUUUUAAAUUAUACGUACGUAGAAAUAUAAUUAUUUAUAGAAUUUACUGUACUCCCUAAAAGGUUUAUUACAAUGAAGGGUAAAGUGUAAAACAAAACGCUCUCUUCCUUAUUCUUAUUAUUUUUUUUCUCUAUUACGCUAGUAACUAUGUCCUUCUCUCUCUCUUAUAUUUUUAAUGUUCUCACACGGAUGCGCUCUCUCACUCUCGCGUAUAACUAUCUGCUCUUGCGCUCGUUGUCUCACUUUCACCCGUCUUUCUCCAAACUCCGGCGCUCCAUUUUUCCUCUCUCAUAUAUACCGUGUAUGUAUAUAUACCUUUGCUUCUUUCUUUUAUUUAUAUAAUCAUUUGUAGUUUAUGUUCACCGUCAAGAAACAACAAUCUCGAGCGGCUACUUUUAAUAAAUAUAUACACGCGUGAAAAUUUGUACAGUUACAAUCUUCCCUUCAAUCGUUUAAAUUCUUGUGUUAUCUUCUUUUAAUUUCUUGUAUCUUCAACCUUUAAACAUGGCAUUUUCGCGCGUACCUAUUAUUAGUUUUGUUCCGCUAUCCAUCAUAUCGAGACCAGACGUUGUCGUUCCACCCUUAUAGAUCUAUCAUUGCA